AGCAGCGCCAGUCCGCUGCCCUUUAUUACCCGACUCCUCUUUCUCCUCCUUUGCUUAACCAUGUCUUCAACAUCGUCGGGCACGUCCACAGCAUCAGCUUCUUCUUCUGCGUCUGCAUCCCAGUUUCAGCUGCCUUCCAGUCUCAAGAUCGUCGGCAUCAUCCUCGCAGUCGCCAGUGGCCUCCUCAUCGGCACCAGCUUCGUCUUCAAGAAAAAGGGUCUCCUCCGCUCGCAGGCCGGGCAUGCAGCAGGCGAGGGCGUCGCUUAUCUCAAAUCGCCACUAUGGUGGACAGGCAUGAUCAUGAUGAUCCUAGGAGAACUAUGCAACUUUGCCGCCUACGCAUUCGUCGAGGCCCUCGUGGUCACGCCCAUGGGUGCCCUCUCCGUCGUCAUCUCCGCCAUCCUCUCCUCCUUGUUUCUAAACGAGAAACUCACCUUCUUUGGCUGGCUGGGCUGUGGCCUCUGCAUCAUCGGAUCUGUCAUUAUCGCUCUUAAUGGUCCACAAGAGCAAACCGUCUCCGAGAUCUCCGAAUUCGAGAAGCUCUUCAUCGCGCCCGGCUUCCUCGCCUACAUCAGCGUCCUCAUCGUCAUCGCGCUCUCCAUCAUCUUUUACUUUGGGCCCAAACACGGCACGAAGAGCAUGCUGUGGUACAUCGCCGUCUGCAGCACGAUCGGCGGUAUCAGCGUCAGCGUCACGACCGGUCUGGGAUCUGCGAUCGUCUCCACCGUCAUGGGGCACAACCAGUUCAAGAACUGGUUCAUCUACUUUCUGAUCGCGUUCGUCGCUGUUACUCUAGUGACGGAGGUGUUUUAUUUGAACAAGGCGCUCGCGCUGUUUAAUACUGCGAUGGUUACGCCAACAUAUUAUGUUCUCUUUUCGUUCUGCUCGAUGGUUACCACAGUCGUCCUCUUCCAAGGCCUCAAAGCCUCCGCCUCCCAGAUCCUCACGAUCGUCUUCGGCUUCCUGACCAUCUGCGUCGGCAUCACCCUCCUCCAAAUGUCCAAGAUCGACCCCGACCAGCUCGCGACACAAACCAAACUCGACCGGCGCUCGACCGUCCUCCUCGCCGCCGCGCGCUCCACCGUCGGCCGCGCGCCCGGCGCCUCGGGCGACCUCGAGAAGGACGCGGACCUCACCGCGCUCGAGGACCCGGGCAUCGACGCGCUGCGCGGGAGCUUUGGUACCGUGGGGAGCAUUAUACGGGCACGGAGCGCGAGGCGCGCGACGAGCAUGGCGAGCCGGCGGUCGGGGGCGCCGGCGUACACGAGCGGUGCGGGGUUCGGGAGCGGGGUGGGGAUCGAUAAGGGAUCGAAGGCGGAGGGCGAGGGCCACGAGUUCGAGGGGCUGACGCGGCACCAGCUGUACGACGCGCCGAUGCCGGCGUCCCCCCUUUCGGCGGCGGGGCGAGGCUCGUCGUUUGGCUCGGACGCGACGUCGCUCGUGAGCGGGGGCACGCCGAGGCGGACGACGAUCAAGUUCGGGGACGAGGACGUCGUGCAUUCGUAUAGCCCCGCGGGCGGCAGGGGCGACGGGUUCGCGACGCACGAGCGGCGCUUUGCGAAUCCGAGCCAGAGCACGGUGGAUGUGCGCAGUCCGUCGCCGCUCGGGCUGGGCACGACGAUGUCGAGCCAGGGCGAGCACGCGUACGUGUACCCGCCGAGCAGGGGCCACGCGCCGCACGGCUCGCUGUCGACGCUCGAUUCCGUCUCGGGCGCCGGGUCUGGGUUGAAUUCGCUUACGAGUGUUCCGCCGACGCCGUCGACGGGCGCGACGGUGCACGGCGAGCAGAGUCUGCGCACGACGGUGCGCAGGGCGGACGAGCCGCCCGCGCCGCGGUUGGACACGCGGUUCACGGGCGAGGGCGGGAAGUACACGGAUCCGUUCGAUACGCCGACGACGCCGAGCAUGCAUGCGUUUCCUUCUUCGUCGGACUAUGCGCGUACGUCCGCCACUGCUGCGGGCGGAGCGGCGCCUCCUGCGUCGGCGGCGUCGUCAAGGUCGUCGCACACCUACGCCGGGUCUGGCGGCGCUGCCAGCGGCAGCGGCAGCGGGAAGAUGCGCGGGGUGUACGGGUACUCGGACCGGAGUCCGACUGUCUCUGCGGAGUCGUCGCGGUUUGGCGAGGAGGAGGAGGAGGUGUACGAGCGGGAGCCGCGGCCGAGCAAUGCGAGCGCGCGGCGGUAUCCGAAGGGCGCGGACGAUCCUGAUGAGAGCGUGUCGCUGUGGAAUCCGCGCGAGCAUUCGGACGAGGAGGAGGGUGAAGAGGCGGCGAGGAGGAGGCAGGAGGGUGCUGGUGCUGGCGGGAUUAGACUCGUGCAGCAGCGGCCGAGGGGCGGGAGCGGUGGUGUCGCUGGGAGAUUCUAGGACGCGAGGCGAAGUUGCGGAAUGCGACUCGGACGCUCAUCGACGUGGCGUGAUAUCUGUGCCUGUAAUAUUUUGCUCCUUGGGACUCUGUUUAGCUGUGGAGUAUAGUAAGCCGCGCCCCGUCGCACACACCGAUAUGAUACGAUGCGUAUAUCUUUUUUUCUAUCUUUCUUAACGAUACGCUCGCGAUAUUUGGACUGUACAUGGCCGAGGGUGCGUGCUGACUUGUAGUUGAGGCGUAUGUAUCUAUUGGAUGUAUGUGUUGUGGUGGGCUGUAAGUGGAGGUUCUGUGAAUCUUCUGCUUCGAGGCUGCCUUUCGAGAAU